GCUGCAUAUACCGGCCGGGCUAAUAUUGUUCAGCUACUGCUCGAUCAUGGCGCUGAUAUCGACGAACAAGACUAUUACGGGUGGACCCCAUUGGUCCGCGCGAGGAAAUAUGGGCAUGCUGAUGUAGUGAGAGUUCUGCUCAACCAUGGA